AGAAUUAUUUAUCAAGUCUCUUCUGUAAGAAGUACCUAAUAAAGUUUAUUCUGGGAUGCGCUUCCACGGUUUGCGUUGUGUUCCGACCCUGGGGUGACGCACGCCCUCUGAAUCCUCAUUGUACCUCCUACGUGUAUUGCCCCAGUUUUAUUUACGCUUUCACUCCACCUUGUGUUUGUGUGUGUCGGAUUAAAGCUCCAGUAAUUAAAACGUUUAAUGGCUUAUGUAUGCAGGGUGUCCCAAAAGUGUAUACACACAAGCUUAAUGUUCCGUAUUAUAAUGUGUAUACAUCUUCUGGGACACCUGUAUAUUCAUAUUUAGCAAUUAUACAGGUCUUAUAUACGCAUUAGAUAAAUAAAUACCUGUGACGUAUAAGGCAAGAGAAGAGAUGUGCUGCGUUACUAGCAGAUCGAAAAACGUUGCUUUGUUCUGAUAUAAUGUAAACUUUGUGGGUAAUACUUAUAACACUAUAAAUAUUAUAAAAUAAUAAAGAAAACGAAUAGUGAUCCUAGGGACAGUGGAUCUGUGGCAAACUCGUGCUGCUGAAUUUCUCAUGUUGACCCCAUGUUUAUAACAGUGAUACGUAUUUAUGAUAGAAUGGGUUAUGGUACUCGUAUUGAGAACAAAAUGUUCUGUAGCUUUCGAAAUCUGUUAGGUUCUAUAACGUUACGCGUUAUUCUGUGUAAAUGUCUGUCAGACGUUUUUAGGUAGCCCUUAACGUACGGAAUAACGUAUCUAAAUUUAGUAGACAAGAAGCAGACCGACUAUUACCAUAACUUAAAAUAACAACUGCGAGAAUUUUAUGAUUCUAAAAACGGCCUGUGCAUGGUCGUUAAAACAGAGGCGUCGCAUACAUAAGGUGCAGUUGUGCUUCAAAAUCCGACCGUCUCAGAGUGUAAGUGAAGUUUAUUAUGGGAUGCUGCAAACUUAGCCCCUUGAAACGCCCUAUGAGACAUUGGGCAGAUAGCAUCGAAGAUUCUGCUUACAAAGAUGGAGAGGGAAUAAGACCAGCUGAGGAUAGUGUCCAGCGGCGAAGAUUCGGACAUUAAAAAGAUUACGUACACAAAGAGAUGGAAUUAGUGCUCGAAGGGAAGAACUUCAGAUUAGCUCAAGAAAACGAACUUCCGGAAAUAUUGGACUUCCUCUCCGAACACUUGCCUGAGUCGCUCAAGUUUCACCAGACGCUGAAGACUUACCUCACUGAUCGUGUGUGGGAAUUCUACUUCUACGUGAGUAAGAGCUGGCCCGAGACUCGCGUGUGUUUGCACUUUCCUGGAAUGACUAGUUCGCCCCAUGGUCGACUGUAUGAGAGUUUCAGUGUGUUCUGCCCAUGCGACCAACUCGAUGACUUACAAUUGGUUGAAGAGGAGGAUGUGCUUAUUGACUGGAGUCACCCCAUAUAUCUCAACUUCACUCAUCAUCUCAUUUUGGACCAUCUAGAGAAUUUCUACACGGCAUCCACAGGCACCAUAGACAAGGUGUGUGGUGACAUCUAUGUGUGCGCCAAUCCACCUGCAGACAUCCAACUCGAAGAACUACCUCCAGAUGGGGCAGAAAUGCUGCAGCUGAAACCGGAACAUGCCAAAACAAUUCACGACUUGUAUCCUGCCAACGACAUGGAAUCUGUGGAGGUGUUUGAGAAGCUGAUCAAUGUGUUGCCAGCGUAUGGUAUCUUCUCAUCAGGUGAGCUAGCUGCUUGGAUGGUCCAGUCAUACUAUGGCGCAAUGUUCUCCAUGCAGACAAGACCAGAGUUUCGGCGCAAGGGUUAUGGAAUCCACCUUGCGCAAUAUCUCACAAAGGUAGUAAUUUCACGAGGCUACAUCCCAUUUGUGGUGAUCCGGCCAGAAAAUGAUGCAUCACUAAGCCUGUAUAGUAAACUGGGCUUUAAGAAACAUUAUCAGACAGUCCGUGCGAUUCUGCGACCGCACGGUUACGAUGAUGCCAAUGACACACCUGGAGGUGGUGGAAAUCAUGAUGGAGAUAACAAUGAUAAUGCUGCCCCCACAGAUGACUGAAUGCCUAAUCAUUUGGUCAAGUGAAACUCAGCAUUGUGCACACUGAAAUGAAGAGAUGAGUAUUGCCAAGUCCCCUUCACCUUCUCUCUUGCUUCCACCACUGCAUUUACUUGAGAUACUAAGAAUGUAUUCAGUUCAUUCCACAUGUCCUGUUAUAGGCCUGGGGCCUAAUUUUAUUCAUACUAACAUUAUGGUUCACUCUGGUAAUUUUAAAUGAUGCACUUUUUAUGAAUAAACUGCAGUAAAAAAUUACUGCUAUUCUGUGAUAAUAGCUAAUUGUUAAAUGUGUAUUGACAAAAAUCAAUCACUUAGUUUAAUAGAAUAUUGGUCUAAUUUUAAAAAAAAUGCUAGUUUUUAUAUUACAUUACAAUUUGUUGCAAAUUCCUUUGUUGAAUUUUAAGAAUUCUAGAAUUUGGCAUGCACUUGCAGAAAGCAUUUGAACACAAGUGCCAUAGUGUAAUAAUACAUAUAAGUGGUCUGUACUGGGUACAGAUGAUUGCCAGCAGUGACAAGCUGACAGUGGAGUAGAGGAGUCUAAAUUCAGUGAUAAAAGUCACUUCAUAAUUACCAGAGUUGACCAUGUUACCUUGUGCAGGUAAACCCAGGUGACUUCAAGUGCACAGAUGUGCAUUUCUAAUAAAAUAAAAAUUAUUAUUGUUUGACAUUACACUUAUGUUCCUGAGUGAAUAACAUUUAACUAGCAGUAAAAGUUAAAAUUAACUAUUUGAGGUAAAGAAAAGUCCUUCAUAUAAAAAUACAAAGGUUGUUACGCAUAAGCCCACUGUCAUUAGUACUUUGUCAACUACAUUCAGUUGCUGGUAAUUUGCUCCAUCUCUGUAGUUCUCACUCCACUGGCAAUUCCAAGUAAGAAAAGCAGCCACAUAUGUUUUGGAAACUUCACAAGCACUAAAAAUCUUAUUUUAAUAACUGUUUAUUUUGUAUUACUUGAGCUUGUACUCUUUUUUUCAAACUUUUGACACAGUUUUCAAUAGAUUAUAAUUAUUGCUCGUCAAUUUCUCUGCAGAAAUAAUUGGUGUGGCCUUAGGGUAACUAGACAUUUUAUUCAGUCAGGACAUACUUGAUUGUAGUGCUUACUGCUUUCUUACAUUUUACAAAUAUCUGCCUGAUUAAAUACCAUAUUUAUGUAAUUCUCAGUAGCCAGCAAGGCUGAAGCAAUAAGACUGUAACAAAGAUUAUGCAUGUGUUUAACCAUGUAAUUCAGCAAAAGUACCAAAAGUAAAGGCUUUCCUUCCCCCCUUCCACGACAUAAAUUUGUAUCCAGGUCAUCCCAUUGGGUGAAGAACUGUAUACAAUUUUAUUUAUUAUUUAUUAUCAUUCUGACAUUGUAACAUAAUCUUCAAAACAAUCAGAAUUGUAAACAAAUUAUUAAUUUUCAACACUUCUUAGAGUGUUCAGUAUCUUUGUAGCGAAGAGUUUUUAGUUGUGUCACUUUACUCUGUAAGUCAUUAUUCACACACUUUUAUAAUUUGUAUAAAUUCCUCCAGUAUCAGUCUAGACAUAGUAUUAUAUACGUUUACAUAUGCAAUCUCAACACCAAAGUUUCUUUACUUGAAUGAUAAGAAACCACAAAGUACUAUAAGUACUCACAUGUUAAAUGAAAAUAUUUCUCCGCAAGUUUCCAGAAUUAUCAUAAAAUUUAUGUUUGUUUUAACUGUCACUUUCAUAAAAACUGUAUUCUACAUGCGACCAUCUAUUGUUUUCAUGUGUCAACAUAGUUAUUGCGCUCGAAUUAAAAACCAAGAUUUACUUUUAUGCUCAGUUUAGUUCAAAAUUGAUACCAAAUGUUGUUUAAUAAUUUAUACUACAAUAAAAUUACUUGUAUUUUAAUAAUCGUUACUACAAACAAAACACAGGUCUAGCAAUAAAAGUAAAUCUUUGCUUUUAAUAUGAGUGCAACAACCACAUAAAUAUAAUGAACCAGAAGAUGGCCACAUUCAGUAUAAUAAACACUUUGAAAGUGGUAAACAGUAUGUGUGUGAAAGUGACAGUUAAAACAAAUGUAAGGUAUCUAAAGAGUAAAUCUCUGGGAUGCUGCAUUAUAGAUUUCAAAACUAUUUUUGGGUUCCUAAAUAACAUACUGUCUUAUGCAGUUCAAGUAUGGAUAUCAAUAACACACAUCAACUGGCCAUGAAACUCAGUAUUACCAUCAUGCCUCUCCUCAUUUUUGUACCAAGAUGAUUUCUGUGUGGAACUUAUGAGGUGACCAACAGUGGCACCAUUCAUGGCAUGGUCCUUCAGUUCUCUAUGGCAAUAAAAGCUUAGAAAAGUGUGCAACUUUUACAUCAGAAGGCAGUGAUUAUUACAUGUGAUAAAUUUCUACUGGGAAUGGCAGCGGUAAUGGAAAAGUUAUUCAUAUCUUUAUUAUAAUAAAGAAUUUAAUUAAAUUUUAUUAUAUACUGUCAACAAAUUGUAUCAGAAGACUAGAGUGUGUUGCUAUUAAGGUCAGAACUUUAUCAUGUUUGUUAUGAUAGGUACAAGAGCAGAAAAAGAGGGAAGUUUCACACACUAAAGUGGUGAGACCAAUGCCUAACAAAGAACAUUUGUAUGUGGCAGAAUUAAUAACUGUCCUGGCCUACAACAGAAUUUUUCACUCCACUCAGACAUUCCAAUUAAAAUUAACUCAUAUAUUUUCUUAACAUUAACAUCUGUAUUACUGUAUUAACAUUAUCAUACUGUACUAUGAAAACAUUAAGAUUACAUCUUAUUGAAUGAGUAACAUAAAUAGAUUGGAAUUUUGUAAAUUGUUUGGUUAUGAAUGUGUUGCCUUCUGUACAUACUGUUCACUGUUUCAUUGUUGGUUACAUGUUUAAACACUGCUGAUAGAAUGUUAGUCCAGUACAUUGAGAAGUUUGUUAUAUCUCAUGUACUCUCAGUUCUUGUUAUGACAAAGAAAGCUGACACUGUCUUGUCUCUGAUUCUGGUAUGUGUAUAUAUACAAUUUCAAACCAAGUAGCACUAUGCUGCAUUAUGCUAAUUUAAUCAGUAGCUCAACUUCUCUUCUUCUCUUUUGUUUAUUUACAUGUACAUAUGCAGAAAAAUACUAACAAAUGUUAUGUUGCUUGUAUCUGUUUGGGAUGGUGGGGUAGUCUGCUACCACUGUCUUGCUCAAUGAACCAAGAAUUAUACUGUAAGAAAUCCUGCCCUCCUCACAACUAAAUUUACUUGGUGGUAUCUUCAUUCAUAAUAGAUCACUAUGUCAACUUUAAUUGCACUAACAUGUAAAGCACAGUAGCAGUUACGACACAAUUCGAGCCCAGUGGAGGGAGAGAAGGUUCAGACCAUUGUCUAGCAAUGGUCAAUGUAUGGCUUCAUUCCAUGCAAGAAAACAACAUUGUGUUUAUUACACUUCCACUUCUAGAAGCCUUCCAUUUUAAAAUAUCUCUGUUAGAGAGAUAAAUUGUUGAACAGGGCAGGGCAUUCCCAGAAAUCAUAAUAAAAAUACAAAAUCUGUGUAGACAGGUUAAAAUGUUCUUACAGAACAAAAGAAAAUCUAUUAAGGGUGCCCUGUAUCUUUUACUGUAGAAGAUUAAAAGCACUGGUAUGAUUUAAUACAGAAAUUCAAGCAUUUACUCUUAAAUCUAUCUCCAGUUGGGUCCACCAGAUAAAGCUAGUCUUGAUAGUGAUGGACCCAACUGAGUGGGUACCUCUCACCAGAAGAUGGAAACAGAGCCAGCUUCCAAAAUGUUGUGGUUUCUUCUUUUAAACAGGGAAUAAUUUUAAAUUAUAAUCAGUGUUUCGGACAGAAUACUAUUACAGUAUUAAGGAAAACAAGGCUUAGCUCUAUGAUGCAUUUAAGUGAUUAAUCCCUUAUUUAUGUGACUCAUGACCCUCACCAAAUAUGAAGUUCAUAGGUGCAUAAUCAUUUCUUAUUUAUAAAACUAAGAUGGAAAUUUUUAGUACAAAUACACAAUUCAAAAAAGGGAAAGCUAAUACAAUUUUGUCUCUUAAAAUAAGAUAUUGUGUUGAAUUAUGUGAUUCACUUCCAUUUGGAACAAAAUUAAUUAUUAUAUAUUUGAAGCUGUGUAUCUUUUCCUUUUUGUACCUUUCUUUAAACAAAUAGAAACACAAGCCAGACCCAUGAACUUUACAAGUUUACUUGCCUACUGUGUCUGAAACGUUGUUGUUUAUAUUAUAAUUUAAUGAUACAGUAAGGGAUCCUGAAUUAUAAUUCAUUUCCUACAAUGGAAGCCAUAAAACACUGGUUGAAAAAUACAUAUCUAGACAAUGAAAUACUUAACUAGCAGCUUUUGCUUGCACCAGCUUUCCAACUUGAUAGGCAUUAUAUGGCGUCAGCCACACUGUGACAGAUAUUUAUCAUAACACAUACCAAAGGGAUAUAACUAACAGAUUUAGUACUGCAAACUUGAUAUUUAUAAAUCUUACUACGAGUCAUUGAGAAAUAAAUAUUACCAUUUAAAGAAGUACUUAAAAUCAAAAUUAUUAAUCCGUAAGUUAGUGUUCCUUUUAACAAAAUACAAAAUCAAAAUCUGAAUUACAAGUAUAAUACUUUAUUCUCAAAGGCACUUGAUUAGUGAGAUCAACAUGUAAAUUUUAUGAAAAUAGAACAUUCUGCCACUACAAUAUGGUAAGUAUAUUAGUAUUGAACAAUUUUAAUUUUGUUUAAAGUUUACCUAAUACUUUUAAGUCCUGUUUGACUAGCUGUUGGGACAACAUAAAAUUUAAAACAAAUCAUUCUGUUUGUGCUAUCUGAUUCAACCAAGUAAACCAUACUAAAUAAUAGCUGAAUUUCUGACUUAAACACAGCCAGUCUUUGUAUUUAAGUGGUAGUCUAAAUAUUUACUAUGCACCCUACAGUGCAAUUCUGCAUCAUAAAAAUUAUUAAAAAAAACAAAUAAAUACAGAAGCAGCCAUGCCUAAGUCAAAAUAUUUA